GCCUCCUUACAUCUCCUUAUUUAACCCAUAUACAAACAUUUAUGCAUUAUCUAUACUGGUGAUCAAUAUGCAUAUCUUGUUCAUAAUCUCAACACUCCUUUCUUUACUGAGAAUGGCUGCAAGCACCAUUACUGACAGAGGAGGAAGAUGGGACCUCCUCCUCAACAACUCCGGCGUUGUCGCCAUGCACAUGGCCUUAACUCACCGCAAUACCGUCGUCAUCUUUGACCAAACCCGAUCUGGCCCCUCCGGCUACCGCCUUAAUUCAAGAAAAUCAUGCUACUUCAACGACGAUGGUGACACCAAUGACAAUCCCACCACCUGCUGGGCCCACUCCGUCGAAUACGACAUCUCAUCAAACACAAUCCGCCCCCUUGUCCUUCGUUCUGACACGUGGUGCUCAUCCGGUGCCUUCCUCAGCAGCGGCACUCUCCUUCAGACCGGCGGCCACGGAAAUGGAAUCCGAAAAAUCCGAUACUUCCGUCCUUGCACCGAUAAAAAAUGCAGCUGGACCGAGUCUAAGUCUUUGCUGGAAGAUAGCCGGUGGUACGCCACCAAUCAAAUCCUCCCAGAGAAGGACAGGGUUUUCGUCAUCGGCGGCCUUAAAGUCUUCACGUAUGAAUUCAUACCCAAAUCUCCGAAUGACGAAGGGUCCUUCAACCUCCCCUUCUUGCGACAGACACGAAACUACAAGGAGAAAGGUGAUAAUCUCUACCCGUUUGUUCAUCUCUCAGUUGACGGCCACCUCUUCAUCUUCGCCAAUCGUGAUUCUAUCUUAUUCAACUACAAAACCCACAAGGUGGCCAAGGAAUUUCCGAGAAUGCCUGGUAAUGGUGCUCGUAGCUACCCGGGCACGGGCUCGUCUGUCAUGCUCCCAUUAGACUAUGCCGACGGAUACAACAAAACUGAGAUCAUGGUUUGUGGUGGAGGAGCUCCCGGAGCGUACCAAGCUUCAAGGAAACACAAAUUUCUUGAAGGAUUGAAAAGUUGCGGCCGGAUAGUUAUAACUGACGACGAUUCAAGAUGGCUGAUGGAAGAAAUGCCAGGGCCUCGAAUAAUGAGUGACAUGCUCAUACUCCCCACCGGUGACAUUCUCAUCAUCAACGGCGCACAUCAGGGGUGCGCCGGGUGGAAUAAAGCAAAAAGGCCAGCCUAUAAGCCUUACCUCUACAAGCCCAACAAGAGACCAUCAAAAAAGAGGUUCUCAAUUCUCAACUCGUCAAAUAUCGCAAGAAUGUAUCACUCCUCGGCAAUAUUGCUCCCUGACGGUAGAAUCCUAGUAGCCGGAAGCAAUCCGUAUAAAAGAUACACAUUCCAUAACGUCAAAUAUCCAACGGACCUACGAAUGGAGGCAUUUUCGCCAUAUUAUUUAGAUACGGCAUUGGACGAUCGGAGGCCUUCGAAUGUAUCGGUCGACGAUGAAAUCAAGUAUGGGCAAGAGUUUGGGGUAAAAUUUGAGCUGAAGAAUGUGAGGAGAUGGGUGAAGUUUGUUGUGUAUGCUCCGCCGUUUGCAACACACUCGUUGUCGAUGAAUCAGAGGAUGGUGAGCUUGGAGUGUGUUGGGAUUGAGAGGGAGGAGAGUGGUGCGGUGACGGCUAUGGUGGUAGCGCCACCGUCGGCGAGAGUGGCGCCUGCAGGGUAUUAUAUGUUUACAGUUGUUAAUGAGAGGGUGCCUAGUAAGUCAGUGUGGGUUAAGUUUGUUCAUGGAUGAGGCGUGGUUGGGUUGUUUUGUGGUGUAAUAAUUAAGAUUGAACGAUAAAUAAUUAAAAUGAAGAAUUUGUUGAAAUCUAAAAAA